AUGGAACACAAAAUUAUAAUGUCAACCAUAAAUUCAUCCGGUCAAACUAUUAAGAGUGUGACUAAGACAUCAACAAAUGUAUCCAACAACACCACAGACAAAAUAGAUAAUAAACUGGACAAUAAAACAGAUAACGAAAUAGAGCCUACUGUACCGGAUAAUUCAUUCCAAUUCAUCGAACCAAUACCUAUAAAAGUAUCCACUACGACCCCUAUAAACAACUAUGACCAAUAUAAGACCAGUGUCCAGUAUUCCUUAGCCAAUCUAAGCAUCUUUCAAAAUAUCCCAAGGGAAACUUUGCGUGGUUGCGACGAUUUGACAAGAAUGGAAAGAUCCUUGAAUUCAAACCUCCUAAAUGAAAUGAAAUGGGCAUUGAAGAAAUACUUGACCUACAGCAAUAAGGCCCCCUACAUGAUCUCUUUGAAGACCUUGCCUCAUCUCGUCAACUAUUUCAAAAGAUUCAUCAUCAACUUGGUCCCCAUCAUCAACAACUUCACUGAAAAACUCCACACUUCAACAAACAACCUCGACGCAGAUCACUUACAAAUGGGAAUCACCAGUCUUUUAAUCUUGAGAAAUCUGUCCCAAGAUAUCGAAUCGGUUCAAGUCCUGAUCAAAGACUCCGAUUUGAAACAGUUUCUUCUCUUCGUCUUAAUAACUUAUAACAAAAGCGAAAAUAACAAAAAUAAUAGUUCUGACCAAUACAUGUAUCAUACAAACAUAAAAUAUUUUAAUGAAAUCUUACAUUAUUCAAUGGAUCUGAUAGAAGCGAUAUCCACCUAUAUUGCUCCUGCCAGCAAAAAUGAUCCGUUGUUUGAAAAUUUGGUUCUGAUCCUGAAUAAAACUAAGGAUAGGGCUCUGAUCAUCUCUAUCCUUAGAUCUCUUUCAAGGUUGUUGGUUCGUUCGAAGGAGGAUGAAGAAAGUGCAGCAGAUAAUUUGGAUGACAAUACUUUGACUCUAAUAGUAAACAAUCUGUUGAUCUCCUUGGACGCAGAAUUGGUCAUUACUUCAUUUGAUUUCCUUUAUCAGUUCUGUUUACCUGGAAACAAAAGAAUCCAAUCUUUAUUAAACAACAAGAAAAGAUUUAAAAUCUUACAAAGUGUCUUACCUGAAUACCUGACGUAUAAUGUUAAAUUACCAAACUAUCAACAGAUCGACACCACAGAGGUCAAAUUGAUUAAAAGAUUAAGACCGCCUCCACCAAAGAAGCCUCCAACUUUACCUAAGGAUCUGUUCCAGGAGUUAUUGAAAUUUGACGAACAGAAACGGUCUGCAACAUGGUUGAGAUGCUGUUUUGAACCAGUGAUGACUGCUGAAUAUACACAGAUCCAAUUAUGGAAAUCCUAUGAGACAACAUUCUCGGAGCCUGUUCGUAAGCAAGGGGGUAAGAUUGGUCCAGCUGUAGAAUUUAUCAAGAAUGUAUCUAAUGCAUUCCCUGAUGCUGCAGCGAUGGUCAUUGUGGACCCAACCACUGAGACUAAACGCUUUGUUAUUAAAGGUAUCCAACCAAGGCAUAAAGCGUUAUCCAUAGAAGAAGGCUAUAAAUUAUCGAAAUGGACAAAGACAGAUGUUGAAUCUAAAUUUAUCAAAGAAUCUAAAGCUAUUGAGAAACCAAAACAAGCUAAUUUGCCGAAAUUAAGUUUUCACACUCAAUUAUCUGAUGUAACUAAGGUUACUUGUACAUUUUUAUGCCUGAUAUCCAAUGAUUCAAAGGGCAAAGGCUUAGAAUUGUGCCAAGUUAUUAAACCCUUAGUUAUGCAUAAACUAGCAAGUGUUCCAGCUUUGAAUACCGAAUUAGCAGAAUAUAUAGAUAACACACCACAGAUAUAA